AUGCAAUUCUCUAAGACCACUGCCAUUGCCUCUAUUGUUGCCCUUAUGAGCGCUCAAUCCGUUGCUGCUGACGAGUACAACACCUCUCCAGUCACUGUUUUGACUAACGAUGGUACUACCCAAACCAUCUGGUGGGUUCCAUCUACCAGUGACACUUGGUGGACUCCAGAAUGGUGGAGUGACUAUACCGCUGCUGGUGGUAAACUUGCUACCCACACCGGCUCUUCCACCUGGACCACUGUCAGUACUUACACUACCACCAGUGAUGGUAAGACUUACACUACUUCUACUACAUACACCACAACUGGUACUGAUUCAACCACCUCUACCUCCAGUACAUAUCCAGGAACCACCACCACUGGGUCUGUGAGAACCACUAAGAUCGAUGGUACCAGUACUACUAUCACUCCAACUAUCGACAUUUUCACCACCACCGAUAAAAAGGGCUCCGCUACCACCACCACCAGUACUCUCUCUUCUUCCACUAAUGGUGCCGCUAAGGUUUUAAACUACAACAGAGACGGGAACUUCUUGCAAACUGUUGCUGUUGCUGGUGGUUUGUUUGGCUUGGGUGUUACUCUCUUGACUUUGUAA